AUGAUAGAUACACAUCACCAACAUACAAAACAACAACAACAACAACAACAGCAACAACAAAACGAUAAUAGAUCAUUAGAUAGUAGUAAUGGAAGUGUUAAAUCAACAACUGAAGUUGUAGUCGAUACAAAUAAUAAUAGUAAUAAUAUUAAUAAUAACGAUAAAGAUAAAGAUAAUAAUAGUAUAAGUAGUAGUAGUUCAAAUGUAGAUAGUAAUAGUAGUAAAGAUGAAAGAAGUGAACAAAGAAGAAUUAUAAAAGAGAAUUGGAAGAAUGAACCUCUGACAGCUGGCCAAACAGUUAAUAUUAUCUCGGCACACUGGCUGAGACUCUGGAGGAAUUAUGUACGUUACGAUGAGAAUUCACCAAAGUCAAUGACACCACUGACCAGCGGUGGUGGUGGUGGUGGUGGUGGUAGCAGUGUCAAUAGCAACAGCGGUGUGUCAGGACAUGCAGCAUUAAAGUUGAGUGCAGAGUUUGAUAUUCCAAAGCCAGAGACAAUCAACAACCGUGAUCUCAUCGACAGAGAGGAUUCAGAGGGUGGACAUAUCAUCGCAGAGUCUCGUCUAGAGGGCGAAGAUUUCGAAAUCAUUCCACAACGAAUUUGGGAUAUUCUGGUGUCUUGGUACGCCGGUGGUCCAGAGAUAAAGCGAACCGUCAUUGAAAUGGGUGUAAGAAAUGAGAAGCUGGUAGAGGUGCGUCCCAUUGUCAUCAUGAUAAAAUCACAUCAUAUAGUCAACGGCAACAGUAAUAGCAAUUAUCUUACUUCAACAGCAACAACAACAACAACUACGACAACAACAACUACCACCACUAAUAACAACAGUCAGCAAUAUAGUAAUGGUAGCAGUAAUGAUGGUUAUCGAGUUCCACAACAACAACAACAACUGGCAAAACCAACUUCAAAGCCAAAAUAUGAUUUUCUCAUUCAGCGUAGUAGAAAGUCAAUGUUAAAUGAUAUUCGAGAGUUUAUAUGCAAGAAGGAACUGUUGGAUCCAUCAAAGUUAGUAAUCUACAGACAUACACUGAAGCAAAAGGAGAAAGAGUUGAAGAAGAAUCUUACUUUGGAGGAUUUGAAGUUCGAGUCAAUCAAUUUUAUAUCUUAUCAUUUCCAAUCAGAUCAUCAAAAGUCUAUCUUUGGUAAGCUUAGAGAUAAACUCAAGAAGAAAAAGACAAGAGAUCAGAUGAUAAUGGAUCCCAGAGCAUCUGCCAUGUCACAAUCAGCCAACGGUGGAGCAAACAGACAACCAAACGGUGCAAAUGGACACUUGGAGAAUGGAAAUAGCAAUAUAUCAAGUGAACAGCAAUCCCACAGUAAAGAGAUUGUUAUGCACAAGAGUGUCUGUGGACUUUCGAAUCUUGGAAAUACAUGUUUUAUGAAUUCAUCUGUACAAUGUCUUGCACAUACUACACCAUUUGCAGAAUACUUUUUAUCUGGAAGAUAUACAUUGGAUAUCAACAAGGUAAAUCCGUUGGGAAUGAAAGGUCAGAUUGCAGAGAUAUUUGGAAAGUUAAUGAGGGAUAUGUGGUCUGGCGACACUUGUGUAGUACCCAAGAAUUUGAAAUGGGCUAUCGGUAAAUAUGCUCCUCAGUUUAGUGGAAUUUCCCAACAAGAUUCACAAGAACUUUUAUCGUUUUUAUUGGAUGGUCUUCAUGAAGAUUUAAACAAGGUCUUAAAGAAACCAUAUAUAGAGGAAAAGGAAGAAUCGAAAGAACCAAGAGAAGAUGCGUUGGUUGCUUCUGAACAAUGGGAAAACCAUUUAAAGAGAAACCAAUCGGUUGUUGUUAAUUUAUUUCAAGGUCAAUACAAGAGUACUUUGGUGUGUAGCCAGUGUUCUAAAGUCAGUAUUACCUUUGACCCAUUUAUGUUUGUUACAUUACCUAUUCCAGUGCCAACGGAGCGUCUCUUUGAAGUGCUCUUGUUUCGUUGUAAACCAGUUGGUCAACUUGGACCCGAUUCCACUGGUGUCUACUGUCUCAACUCUGCUAUGGCACCAAUUCACUACUGUCUUCGUUUGCACAAGCGUGAAUUCGUACAGACACUCCGUAUUGAGCUUUCAAAGGUGAGUGGUAUCGAAACACCUUGCUUGGCACUGGCAGAGAUAUUUAGAAACAGAAUCUACACGUUCCUUAGUGACCAAAAGAAUUUGUCGUUCAUCAAGGAUCGUGAUGUAAUUAUUGGUUAUGAGUUGCCAGUGGCUGGCGACGAUGUCUCUCGUCUGCAUGUCAUGCAGAGAAAGAAACAGGAUUUGAUACUAUUGCCUUAUGUAUUAUUAGUAAAGUUUGGAGAGAUCACUUGUAAAGAGGUCUACAGAAUGGUUUGGGAACGUGUUGGUCAUCGUGUGAAGCGAGGAUGGAAAACUGAAUUGCUGCGUCACCGUGCCUCCAAAGAGAGUAUGACCUCAACUCCAAACAGUUCAUCUGCCGCCUCGGCAACCGCCAAUCUCAAUGGCAAGAUCAACAGCAACGGCAGUCAUACCAACGAGAACUCAUCGUCCGACAAAGAAAGUCCGAUCAGCUCACCUGAGGGCAGUCAAUUCGGAGGUGUCGAAGAGGACGAUACCAGCUCCAUUACAGACGAUGAAUCAGAUGAAUACAUCUAUCCAUUCCUACUCAAGACAACCAAUGGCUAUGGAAAUAGCUGUGAUCGCUGCCAAUCCAAUUGCAACGGCUGUAUUAUCCCUUGCGAUGGUAGAGUGCUGAAAGAGAUAUUCAGAACACCAAAGUAUUGGAGUGAGGGCUGCAGCAACGUCACCAUUGACUGGCGUCCAGAGAUUUUCAAAUAUCUAGAUGAUAACGAUAACAUCGAAAACACUCAGCUUGUAAAGCAAGACCAAAGUGUUGCAAUCAAAGCUUCAAUGGGAAGUGAUAUUAAUUUGAACGAUUGUUUUUCAUUAUUCACAAGAAAUGAAAAGCUUGGUCCAAAUGAUACUUGGUUUUGCCCUCAAUGUAAAAUACAUAUUGAAAGAUUCCAAUUCCUUCACAGACACGAAAAAAUUAAUGCCUUUGUUGAUUUCCCUCUUGACAAUCUCGAUCUUUCGAAAUGGGUACUUAAUAAGAGUGGUGUACCACCAAUAUACCAACUCUAUGCUGUAUCUAAUCAUAUGGGUGGUAUGGGAGCAGGACAUUAUACUGCAUGUGUCAAAAACAGGGAUAGAUGGUUCCUAAUUAGUGAUUCAUCAUAUCAUUUAAUUGAUGAGUCUGCUGUCAAAACAUCUGAAGCAUAUGUAUUAUUUUACGAAUUGAAGAAGCCAAAUCAGUAA